AUGUUGCCGACAAGGUGCCUUUUGGGCCGCUCGGUGUGGAAAGGCCCGAAUAUUGUUCCUCUCCCUCUCCCACGCCAACUCCCUCCCCCCCCAGGCACACCACCCAUCAGAACACAGGCCCGCGCCGCUACAAUACUUCCAAAUUUCGUCGGCUUGCGAUUCUCCGUGCACAAUGGCAAGAUUUACCAAGACGUUUUGAUUACCGAGGAAAUGGUUGGACGCAAACUAGGCGAAUUUGUCGCCACGCGGAAACGCUUCACAUACAAGCAAUCGAAAAACAAAUAG